AUGAAUAUCUACAUUUGUUUAAUAUUAUUUAUGAAAACUGUAUCGAGUAAGAUAGAAACGGUACAGCGACUUAGCAAUGCUGAAUUGGACGAACACAGGAGAGUGACGAACAGUCACGUAUUCCCGUACGUGGUUGCGAUACUGCAGCGAUCUAAGUACGUCAGCGCGGGGGCCUUGAUUGACGAGAAUUGGAUUUUGACGGCCGCCGACGGAUUGUUCCUAAUGAGAGAAACUUUAAAACUAGUGAAAGUGAGACUCGGGAGUAUCAAUUACAAAAAAGGAGGGCUGCUACUGCCGGCCAAGCUGAUACAAAUUCAUCCUUAUUUCGACGACAAAAGUCCCAUUUUCGAUGUGGCCAUGGUGCAGCUGCCUGAAACCCUGAGGUUCACGCCGAAAAUAAAAGCGAUAAGACUUCAGAAGACGUUCAUGGAUGUUGCCGCAACUCAUUUCAUUGUGACGUCAUGGAAUCCAUUGUUGAAACAAAAGCCCAAACACCCCGAAUCGAUGGAAGCUAUAGAGCGCCGCCGAAUGCUCACAGUGACUCAUCUCCAUCCAUCGGAAGUUGAGGAGUGCGCCGCCGAGCUGGACGCCUACGGUGUCAAUAAGACUGACUUGAUCAUGUGUCUGGAUCCUCCUGGUGGAAGCGAAAUUUGCGUGGAAAACCGGAACGUGGGUGCUCCAGUAGUUCUCAACAGAGUUCUCUGGGGUGUAGUAUCGUCUUGGAAGACAAGUGAUUGUGACCAAGGGGCAGUCGGACCUAGUUUCGUGACGAGAGUGUCGGCACCUGACGUUACGUCUUGGAUACACGCCACAUUGCACGGGCAUCGGUGGAAGCAUAAAUCGAACGAAUAG